UAAGUAAGUAAGUAAGUAGUUGCGUGUUGAUGCCGAAGAAAUAAAAGUUGCGUGUUGAUGAAAUUGAAGAGAGACUUGUGUGCGAGUUGGAGUAAGUAGCAGUUACAACAAUCUAAUCUGGAAUCUGCAAGUGCAAGCGAACAUGGAAAAUAUGAGCACCGCCAUCAUCUCUGUUGGUUUUCUAUUACAGGUACUUAUACUCUCUUGGUUUUCGCCUUCGCUCACUGCUGCCCAGAUAUCUAGGUCUAUCCAUUCCAAUGAAUACUGCGCAAUGUAUGAUAUAUGUGGUCAGCGUAGUGAUGGCAAAGUUCUCAAUUGCCCGUACCCUUCCCCUUCUGUCAAGCCUCACGACCUCCUAUCUGCCAAAAUUCAAAGUUUGUGCCCCACCAUAACCGGAAAUGUUUGCUGCACGGAGGAACAGUUUGACACAUUAAGAGUACAGGUUCAGCAGGCCGUACCAAUUCUAGUCGGCUGUCCUGCAUGUUUGAGGAACUUUCUAAAUCUUUUCUGUGAACUUUCUUGCUCUCCCAAUCAGAGUCUCUUCAUCAAUGUCACUUCCAUUUCUCAGGUUGAUGGUAAUAUGACAGUGGAUGGAAUUGAUCUCUAUGUAACUGAAACUUUUGGAGAAGGUCUAUAUAGUGCAUGUAAGGAUGUAAAGUUUGGGACAAUGAAUACAAGGGCCAUAGAUUUUGUUGGGGCUGGAGCUAACAAUUACAAAGAGUGGUUUGCAUUUCUUGGACAAAAAGUGCCUCCUGGUUUUCCUGGUUCACCUUAUUCUAUAGAUUUUAAGACAACCAUUCUUGACUCAUCUCCAAUGGAACUUAUGAAUGCAUCUGUCUAUUCUUGUAAUGACACUUCACUGGGCUGCUCUUGUGGUGACUGUCCUUCAUCUCCUGUCUGCUCAGAUUCAAAACCUUCUCCACCAAAAAAAGAUCCCUGCUCCAUUAAAAUGGGAUCUCUAAAGGUCAGAUGCGUGGAUUUAUCAUUAGCUGUCUUAUACAUUGUAUUGGUUUUCGUGUUGUUUGGAUGGAUACUAUUGCAAAGGACAAGACAAAGGAGGAGACUUGGAUCCAGUGCAGAACCAUUGUUGGUCAGUGAAGGACGUAGUUUUACUAAUCUCCCAAAGGAUGGAGAGGUGCUAGUGAUCGAUCCUCAAAGGCAGAAUGAGGUGCAAUAUUCUUUUAUUCAAGAGUGGUUGUCCAACUUUUACAGGGCUUAUGGAAGAUGGGCUGCUAGAAGGCCCACCAUUGUUCUUUGUUCCUCAUUGGCAAUUGUUAUUUUGCUUUGUUUUGGUCUGCUACGUUUUAAUGUGGAGACCCGACCUGAGAAGUUAUGGGUAGGUCCUGAAAGUAAGGCAGCAGAAGAGAAAGAAUUUUUUGAUAGCCACCUUGCCCCAUUCUACAGAAUUGAACAGCUCAUAAUAGCCACACUCCCUGAGUCUGAACAUGGCAAGCCACCGAGUAUCGUAACAGAUGACAAUAUUGAAUUACUUUUUGAGAUACAGGAAAAGGUUGAUGAAAUUCGUGCAAAUUAUUCUGGUUUAUUGGUAUCUCUCAGUGACAUUUGCUUGAAGCCUUUAGGCGAGGACUGUGCGACCCAAAGCAUUUUGCAGUAUUUUCAAAUGGACCCUGACAAUUUUGACAACUAUGGAGGUGUUGAACAUGCCGAGUAUUGUUUUCAGCAUUACACUUCUACGGAGACAUGCUUUAGUGCAUUUAAGGCUCCCCUUGAGCCAACUACUGCCCUGGGAGGGUUUUCUGGAAACAACUAUUCUGAGGCUUCUGCAUUUAUUAUCACAUACCCUGUCAACAAUGCACUUACAAAAGUUGGAGAUGAGAAUGGGAAGGCAAUUGCUUGGGAAAAAGCUUUCAUCCAGUUGGCUAAGGAGGAAUUGCUGCCAAUGGUACAAUCUAGCAAUCUUACUUUGUCAUUUUCAUCUGAAAGUUCAAUUGAGGAAGAAUUGAAGAGAGAAAGCACUGCCGAUAUCAUAACAAUACUUGUGAGCUAUAUUGUCAUGUUUGCUUAUAUAUCGGUGACAUUGGGAGAUACUCCACCUCGUCUAUCUUCUUUCUACCUCUCGUCUAAGGUAUUGCUUGGUCUUUUGGGGGUUUUGCUUGUUGUGCUUUCUAUCCUUGGAUCAGUUGGACUUUUCAGUGCUCUUGGAGUAAAAUCCACACUAAUUAUAAUGGAAGUCAUACCUUUUCUGGUUUUAGCUGUUGGUGUAGAUAACAUGUGUAUAAUCGUAGAUGCUGUGAAACGGCAAUCCUCAGAUUUACCAAUAGAAGAGCAAAUAAGCAAUGCAAUGGGGGAAGUUGGCCCAUCCAUAACACUGGCAAGCUUAUCAGAGGUUCUGGCAUUUGCAGUAGGAUCAUUCAUUUCUAUGCCAGCAUGCCGUGUAUUCUCCAUGAUGGCAGCUUUGGCGGUUCUACUGGACUUCCUUCUACAAGUUACUGCUUUUGUGGCUUUGGUUACAUUAGACUUUGUGAGAGCCAAGGAUAACAGGAUUGACUGCUUUCCAUGCUUAAAGUUGAAUCACUCUGUGGAUCAGGGUGAAGGUAUUAGACAGGAAAGAGAUGGAUUGCUGACACGAUACAUGAAGGAGGUUCAUGCACCACUUCUUGGACUGUGGGGCGUUAAAAUCUUGGUCAUCGUCAUAUUUGCUGCAUUUACCUUAGCAAGCAUUGCAUUAUCUACAAGGAUUGAACCUGGUCUUGAGCAACAGAUUGCUCUUCCACGGGAUUCCUACCUUCAGGGAUAUUUCAGUAACAUUUCUGAAUACCUCAGAGUUGGGCCACCAUUAUAUUUUGUUGUCAAGGAUUACAAUUAUAGUUCAGAAUCCAACCACACAAACCAGCUAUGCUCCAUUAGCCAUUGUGAUUCAAAUUCUCUUUUAAAUGAGAUAUCUAGAGCAUCAUUGAUACCAAAAUCAAGCUACAUUGCCAAGCCAGCUGCCUCAUGGCUUGAUGAUUUCCUCGUAUGGAUAUCACCCGAAGCUUUUAGUUGCUGUCGAAAAUUCACAAAUAGCUCUUAUUGUCCACCUGAUGAUCAGCCACCUUGCUGUUUACCAGAUGAAGGACCAUGUGGGUUGGGUGGAGUGUGCAAAGACUGUACAACUUGUUUCCGCCACUCAGAUUUGGUCAAUGAUCGUCCAUCUACAGCACAGUUUAGAGAUAAGCUUCCCUGGUUUCUUGAUGCAUUGCCAUCAGCUGAUUGUGCAAAGGGUGGUCAUGGGGCUUACACCAAUAGUAUUGAUAUGAAUGGUUACGAGGGUGGUAUCAUACAAGCUUCUGAGUUUCGUACUUAUCACACACCAGUUAACAGACAAGGUGACUAUGUUAAUGCAAUACGAGCUGCAAGGGAGUUUUCCUCUAGACUUUCUGCUUCUUUAAAGAUGGAUAUAUUUCCAUACUCAGUGUUCUAUAUUUUCUUUGAACAAUACCUGGAUAUAUGGAAGAUAGCCCUGAUCAACAUUGCAAUAGCACUAGGUGCUGUUUUUGUUGUUUGUCUGGUCAUCACGUCCAGCUUGUGGAGUUCAGCAAUCAUUUUACUUGUUCUGGUUAUGAUAAUUUUGGACCUCCUGGGUGUAAUGGCAAUUCUUGGUAUUCAACUAAAUGCAGUCUCGGUUGUAAACCUUAUUAUGUCAAUAGGAAUUGCUGUAGAGUUCUGUGUGCAUAUAGCACAUGCAUUCAUGGUAAGCUCAGGGGAUAGGAGCCUACGAGCAAAGACAGCAUUGUGUACCAUGGGGGCUUCUGUAUUCAGUGGAAUCACACUUACGAAACUUGUUGGAGUUCUAGUCCUUUGUUUCUCAACAUCAGAAAUUUUUGUGGUGUAUUAUUUCCAGAUGUAUCUGGCCUUGGUUAUCAUUGGCUUCUUACAUGGUCUUGUGUUUCUACCAGUGAUAUUAAGCUUGAUUGGUCCUCCUUCAAGGUAUACAGUCAUAAAGGAACAGCUAGAAGACAUGGCUUCUGCUUCAUCAUAACAUCUAUAAGGAUGAAGUUAGAUUGUCGGUUGUAACUAUUUGCUACAGGUUGACCACAUGUAUACGAUAAACAAAAAAGUUGUUGUUUAUUGAGGAUUAAUGGAUAUUCUCACAGUUAAUUUAGUA